AUGUUCACGACGGGGAGACGGCGAGGAGCUGUGGCUCAACGACCCAUGCAGUUUUCACGAUACGACGCCCUCAGCCGUCUGAAGAAGGGCAGACUAACCAUAAACCGAGACUUGGCCCUUUCCAACAUGCAGACUUCCAACAAGCACUCAAUACGGCCCGCCCAUCGCCAACUUGCAGCAAACCAAUGCACGGGUCGUUGGGCUGUCUCGACCCAUUCGAUCCUCUGGGCGCUUUCUGCCCCCAGUGGUCUCCAGUGCACUCCACGCAUGUCGACGCGGCCGGGCGGAGCUGUCGUCAAGGAUAAGCCUCGAUGCCCUGCACUUCACCACAUCGGGCAGCCCGUCGACCGGGCGGCCCUCCCCCAGUUCCCCGGGGCAAGGCAGCCUAAGCCUAGGUCCCCAGGACUCAGGAGGCCAAGGUCACAGAGGGUGUACGCUGUAUCGAAUGGUCCACUUGACGCGGUUGCGUCGAGAGGACAUGGGAAGUCGACGGAUACUGAGGAGAAAAGAACGCUGUCGACGGGAGCCGGGCCAAUAGUCGAUUCCCUUGAACGCCUUCGGGGCCGCCAUGGGCAGGGCCAAGCCUUUCAACGGUCUGACGGCGGCUCAUCAUCAACUACCUACUCCAGUGCACGGAGUAUUCACACAUCUAUAUCCGCAUGUGCCAACGGCGAGGUGGCAAUGACAGCUUGA